UCCCCAGGAGCAUGGCCCAGCCAGAGAGCAAACUGGUGUCCCCGCCGGUGGCACCCUCGUCCCCCGAGCUGGAGUGCCAGAUCUGCUACAGCCGCUUUGACGCCCGUGCCCGCAGGCCCAAGCUGCUCCGCUGUGGCCAUCGCCUCUGUGCCCGCUGCCUGAGCAGGAUUGUUCCCCCGGGGGACUCUUCAACCCCCCAGCUCCGUUGCCCCUUCUGCCGCCAGCAUAGCCCGGUGCCGGGUGGGGACGUGCAGCAGCUGCAGGACGAUGGUGAGGCACUGGCGCUGCUGACAGGCCGUGAACGGGCCAAGAAACGGGGUCCACCCCUAUCUCCUGAGGUACUCCUUUGCCCCAGUGUGCUGGAGCCCACAUCCAGCCCCGACUGCCUGGUUGUCACCAUCCUGGAGGUGCCAGAGGACGUAGCCCCACCAGAGAGCCUGGGCAGGCUGGAAGUGGUGCGGCUGUACCGCCCCACGAGCCUGGGUGCACUGCCCUGCCAUGGCCCUGGGCAGAAGUGGCGCUCCUGGGGGUGGCAAGCCAUCCCCCGCUUCAUUCUGGGCGUCCUCUGCCUCCUCUACUUCAGCUCCCUGCCCUUUGGCAUCUACCUCCUGCUCAUCGAGCACCACAGCCUGGGCAUCAUCCUGGUCAGUCUUGUGCCCUCCACCCUCCUUCUCUGCAUUGUCUACAGCCUCUGCCAGUGCCUGUGCCUGGAGGUCUUUGGGUUCCCCCACUCCUGACCCUGCACAGCCAACCCGUGUGCCUGAGCCAGGCAGGAUUUGGGUUCCUUGGGGCAUUGUCCCUUGAGGUACACAUGUCCUCUGACCCACAGCAUGCUCCGCCUGGACCAUGGGGAGAAGC